UGCAUACGAUGUGGGGUAUUAUGACGUCAGAAGCGAAGUUUUGGUUAUUUUGGGUUUAGCCAUAGAGGGCAGUUGCGAAUUUGUUAGGGAAACUAAAACACGUUGUUGCAGUUAGUUAUCGGCACUGAAAGUGCACCAUUUUUUGGUAUUUUGACACAAGCCCAAUGUUGUUGAACCUUGCACCUGCCAGUUUGGAGUCUUGGUAUCACAAAAGGGUGUCGCUGUGUUAUUCAUUCGUCAAUGGUGUCUUUUGGUUAAGUGAAUUAAUCGUCAAUCGUCAAUCGUCAAUCACAUCAGUUCAACAACAGCUUGGUAGUGAGAGCUACAAGUCAAGAACGUCAAGAUGAAUACCAUCAGUGAAGAUGGUAAUAAUGAGACUGUGAAGUCCAGUGACGAGCUGGUUGGCCUUGGUGGUGCUGUUAACGUUGAUGACAUCACACCGCAUGAUUCAGUGAGCCAAUGUGGGGGAAGCACUACUAUCUCCACGUCAUCCAAGUCCUCAAGGCUAAAGGCUAUGGCGAGAAGGGCUGCUCUUGAGGCAGAAGCUGAAGCCUUAAGAGAGCAACAGGAGCUCGAGAUGGAAGAAUUCCGCUUGAAGCAACGCAAAGCCCAGCUGUUGCUGAAAACCCAGUUAAAGGUUGCUCAAGCUGAAGAGAGGGUGUAUCAGCAAGAUAAUGCUCCAUAUGCACAGUCUGUUGCAGGAACAGGUGGACCUACUCCCGCAAGGUCAUCCGUUGUGCCUUCAAUCACGAAUAACUACAAACCUGUUAUGAUGAAGCCAGAUGAGGACGAAACUGUACCUUCUCCUCACACACAGACGGAAAUGCUGCUGCUGCAAUUACUGGAGCAAGGACAACGACAACAGCGGGGGCUGUUAGAGUCUGUAUCCCUUCCUCAUGCCACUCUGUCUACCUAUCAAGGUGAUCCGCUGAAGUACCAUGAGUUUUGGAGGUCCUUUGAGAACAGUGUUGACCAAACUUCAGUAGACGACGCUGUCAAGCUGACACGCCUCCUGCACUAUUGUGCUGGCGACGUUAAGAAGUUGCUUCAACCAUGUAUGAUUAUGAAGCCUACAGAGGGCUAUCACAAGGCAAGGAUUCUACUCAAAGAAAAGUAUGGAAAUCCAGUAAUGAUUGCUCAUGCCUGGCUUAGAAAGGUUACUGAAGGAAAGAACAUUGCUGCACAAGACAAACAUGGACUAGCUGAAAUGGCGGAUGAAAUCCAGAUUUGUGUGCAGACGCUAGAAGCAGUAGGUCAGGCAUCUGAGCUGACUUCUCAACAUGUUCUGCUGAAGAUAGUAGAGAGGCUACCAUACCAUCUGAGGACAGGAUGGUUAAAAGUUGUAGGAAGAGCUAGAAAAGAGGGUCGACUUCCAGCUAUUACGGAUUUGGUUGCAUUCUUGCAACAGAUUGCAGAUGAAGAGAAUGACCCUGUCUUCGGUAGGCUGACAAUUAGAGAUCAAGGCAGUAAGAUGUCAGCAUUUAAGAAGUCUGGGAAGACAUCGAGAGGGGUCUUUACUACUAGUACAGAUGCUGAAGGCAGCAAGACACGGAGCUGCAUUCAGUGCGGUGGAGAGCAUUCCUUAUUCGGCUGCAGUGAGUUUAAGCAACUCAAGAUUGAGGACAGGCUUAAACUGGCCCAGAAGGAAAAAUUGUGCUACAAUUGUUUGAAGAAAGGUCACAUGACCAGGGACUGCAAGUUAAAUAGGACAUGCUCAGUAAGUGGGUGUAACAGGAAACACACCAAGUUUCUACACCUUAUCAGACAGCCUUCACAGACUGAUAGCACGGAGUCUCGGAGGGAUAUCGGAGAGUCAUCAAGUGAUGCCAGGAAUUCACCAACGUCAUCUGAAACGGAGGCAACUACUCAUCACUCGUCAUCCUCUCAUGUUGCUGAAGAAAGUUGUAGUGUCAUAGGGGCCGGUAGUAAAGUAGUGCUACCUAUUGUUCCCGUUCGAGUACGAGCUAGAGGGAAAGAGGAGUAUUUUGACACUUAUGCCUUGUUAGACACAUGUUCAACAUCAACAUUCUGCACUUUGGAGUUGACGCGUAAGAUCGGGGCUGAAGGCACAGAGCAGAGCCUUUCCAUGUCGACUCUAGACAAGUCAAGGAUUGUCACAACGUGUAAAGCAGUCAACCUGGAAGUUGAAAGUCUGUCAACUCAAUAUAGAGUCAGUCUCCAUCAUGUAUUAGCCAAAGAGAAGAUAAAUGUUAGCAGUGCACUUGCUGCUGAUAGAAGUGACAUUCGCCAAUUUGCCCACCUUGCAGAUCUGAAUCUACCGGCUGCUAGACCUCAAGACGUCAUGCUACUAAUUGGACAAGAUGUGCCAGAAGUAUUGGUACCAAAGGACGUUAAGUAUGGCGAACCCGGGCAACCUUAUGCUGUGAGGACGGCAUUAGGAUGGACCGUGAAUGGACCAGUUGGGAACCGGCACAGAGACCAUGACAUAUCGUCAAGCUUUAUUUCCAGUGAUGCUAAUUUGGAGCUUCAAGUGGAAAGGUUCUGGUCACUUGAAUCAGGGUCGCUAGCAGAACAAUCUAAGUGUAUGUCUGUCAAUGACAAGAGAGCUCUGAGAAUUUGGGAGGAUAGUAUCCAGAAGAAGGGUGAUCACUACCAGUUGUCUAUACCCUUCAAAGAGAGACCCCAAGAACUGGCUGACAACAUAUAUGUAGCAGAAAAAAGGCUACAGAGUCUUGGUAGGAGAUUGAGGCGAGAUGAGGAUCUACACAGACGAUAUACCAAGGCUAUGUCAGGAUUGGUGGAGGAUGGAUAUGCAGAGAGAGUAGAAGAAAGGAAUGCAGGUUCAGGCAAACCUGUUUGGUAUCUUCCUCACCAUCCUGUUGAGAACCCUAACAAGCCGGGCAAGACAAGAAUUGUGUUUGACUGUGCAUCUACAUACCAGGAAAGAUCGCUCAAUGAUGCAGUUUUGCAAGGCCCUGACUUAACAAACACACUUCUGGGUGUUCUCUUGAGGUUUCGACAGGAGCCGAUUGCCAUUAUGGGGGACAUCCAAGCGAUGUUCCAUCAAGUACAAGUCCCGCCUGAUGAAAGAGAUAUGCUGCGGUUUCUCUGGUGGCCAGAAGGAGAUAUUGAGAGACAGCCAAUGGUCUACAGGAUGUGUGUACACCUCUUUGGAGGGACCUGGUGUCCCAGUGUUUGCAGCUUUGUACUGAGGCAUACCGCUGAAGACCAAGCCGAAGAAUUCUCCCCAGACGCAGUAAACGUGGUAAAACGCAACUUUUAUGUUGACGACUGCCUGGUAUCAGUGAAGGAAGAAGAUAAAGCAGUUCAACUCGUAGAUGAGCUGAAGAGAAUGCUGAAAGGAGGAGGUUUCAACCUCACAAAGUGGCUAAGCAAUAGCCCAAAGGUAAUGGAGUCUGUGCCUGCUCAUGACAGGGCAAAGGAAGUGGAAGGACUCGACUUAAGUUAUGAUACCUUACCGAUUGAGAGGGCCCUGGGUGUCAAAUGGAACAUUGAACUAGAUACCAUGACGUAUGGAAUCACCCCGAAACACAAGCCCUGUACCCGUCGUGGAGUGCUGAGUGAGGUUUCCUCGGUAUAUGAUCCGUACGGAUUUGCAAGCCCAUAUGUGUUGAAUGCCAAGAUCAUUUUGCAAGAGCUCACGGCUAUGAAAUUGGAUUGGGAUGAGCCAUUGCCAGAGAAGCAGCGUGAGAGCUGGCUGAACUGGAAGAGAGAUCUGCUGCUUAUGGAGGAUUUCAACAUCAGCAGGUGCCUAAAGCCUCAUGAUUUCGGAGAUGUGACGGAGUACCAAUUGCACCACUUUUCUGAUGCUUCAGAGAGGGCAUAUGGUGUGGCCUCUUAUCUCCGAGUGACGAACCAGGAGGGCAAGGUCUAUUGCAGUCUAGUAAUGGCCAGGACUCGGCUCACUCCGCUGAAGAGAGUUACGAUACCUAGACUGGAAUUGAUGGCAGCGACGCUUGCUGUGAGACUCGAUGGUAUGCUGAGACGUGAGCUAGACUUCACCCUGAGUGACUCUGUGUUCUGGAGUGACAGCACUAUAGUGCUCCAGUAUAUCAAGAAUGUGGAAAGACGAUUCCACACAUUCGUCGGAAACAGGAUUGCAGUAAUCCAUGAAGGAUCUGACCCAAAGCAGUGGCACUACGUCAACACUCGGCAGAAUCCGGCUGACGAUGUCUCAAGAGGGAUGACAGCUGAGGCGUUAACAACCAGCGAGAGAUGGGUGAGUGGACCCAGCUUCUUAUGGUGUGAAAAUGAGUCAAGGCCUGCAAGUCAAGUCUUAAAUGAUGUCAGUCUAGAUGGCGACCCUGAAGUUAAGAGCAAGGACAAGGCUGGGGUUUAUAUGACAACUCUCUCAGAAGAAACUGCCUUAAUGAACAAACUUCUUGAACACUACUCCUCGUGGCACAGGUUGAAGAAAGCAGUUUGCUGGCUACGGAGGUACUUGAAAUGGCUGAGAUGUAAAUGUACACAGGGUCCUGAAGGCAUUUCAGCUGAACUUUUGCAUGGAAGCUUGGUGGUGGAAGAGAUGAAGGACGCAGAGGAGAAAAUUCUGCAAUAUGUACAAGCAGUCAGCUUCCCUCAUGAGAUGUCAACCUUGCAGGCUGAGCAGAAUGACAGUGCACACCAAGAACAGAGCUGUAAAUUGGUCAAGAAGACAAGUCCAAUCUACAAGCUAGACCCAAGGAUGAUAAAUGGCCUACUGAGGGUAGGAGGAAGGCUUGGCAAGGCAAUGUUGCAAGAGGAGGCGAAGCACCCAAUUAUACUUCGCAAUGAUAGUCAUGUCGCCAAGCUUAUCCUGAGUGAAAUCCAUGAGGCAUCGGGACAUAGUGGCAGAAAUCAUAUGUUGUCUUGCCUCAACCAGAAAUAUUGGAUUCCUGCUGCUGGCUCUGUGAUCAGAAGGAUACUGACUAGAUGUGUUGUGUGCAGAAGGCAGCGAGGGAAGGUUCUUGAGCAAAAGAUGGCGGACUUGCCAGUUGACCGGCUUAUUUCAGAUGAGCCCCCCUUUUCAAGAGUUGGAAUUGAUUAUUUUGGACCGUUGGAAGUGAAAAGGGGUCGGAGUGUCGUAAAGAGAUAUGGGGUGCUAUUCACAUGUCUUACUGUGAGAGCAGUGCACCUUGAGAUGGCAGAUUCCCUUGACACAAGCUCUUGCAUUAAUGCUAUCAGACGCUUCAUUGCACGCAGGGGAAAUGUGAGAGAAAUUAGAUCUGAUAACGGCACUAAUUUGGUUGGAGCAGAGAGAGAACUGAGGACCGAAAUACAAAGUUGGAACCAGGCUCAGAUACAUGAUACAUUGUUGCAGAAGAAUAUCAAAUGGACAUUCAAUCCACCCGCAGCUAGUCAUCAUGGAGGGGUGUGGGAACGCCAGAUCCGAACUGUGAGGAAGCUGCUGUGUUCCUUGGUUAAGCAGCAAACCGUGAAUGAUGAUUCAUUGCAUACACUCUUCUGUGAGAUUGAAAGCAUCAUGAACAGCCGGCCAAUCACUGAGGUGUCCAGUGAUGUAAAUGAUGUGGAAGCCUUAACUCCGAAUCAUCUGCUUCUACUCAAUGCAAAAUCACCACUGCCUCCCACAACUACCAGUGAAGCAGACAACUAUGCCAGGAGGAGAUGGCGCCAGGUGCAGCUUUUAGCGGAUACCUUUUGGUCGAGAUGGGUGAAGGAGUACUUACCACGGUUGCAAGAGCGGCAGAAAUGGGCUACUCCACGACGCAAUAUUCAGGUCGGCGAUCUAGUUUUGGUAGUUGAUGAGCACGCACCACGUAACUGCUGGCAGAUAGGAAGAGUGCUUCGAACCAUGCCAGACCGAGAAGGCAACGUUCGGCAAUGCGAAGUGAAGACGCAAACUAGCACACUUCGAAGACCUAUCGCUAAGCUCUGUUUGCUCCUGGAAGUGGAUUCCUGAGAUUUUAUGUGUUAAAUCGCGUUAAGGUGAUAUCAUAAUAAUGGAUCAUGGUUCAUUGGAUGGCACAUGGAUCUGCAAUAUUUGUGGUGUAAUUUAAAAUAAGUGUUAGAAGUGCGAGCCUAGCAACGCCUCCCCUUUAUGAUAUAUUAGUGGACCGCUGUUUAUUGGAUGGAUUCAGUCACUCGCCGUAAGUUUCUCAAGUUUAGUAAUUUAGCGGUCUUCGUUAUCGCGGUCUUACAUCGCAAAGGAUUUCUUCUGACACAAAAGGGAGAACUGACCAUACCGAGAUUGAACGCUUUCGCAAAGAAACAUUAACAUUCAGAUUGAUAAACACUAUAAGAGUGAAAUUUGAUACAUCGAACAAUGACAAUCAGAAAAAGGAUUGUUGGAGAUAUAUCCCAUGGAAGGACUGAUAGUUGAAUAUUUAAAUAUUAAUCCAUGCAUGAAAUAUGUUUUAUAAUAUGUAUACAUAAGAUAUUGGUAGAAAUACAUGCAACUCCUGUUGUUUCCCUUUUUUUUUUUUUUGUGCAUUGAGGCCAAAUAUCAGAUUUGGGGUUAUAAAAGGAAAACAAAACAAAAAAACAACAAAAAAAACAAAAACAAACAAAUAAAACAUGACAAGGGUUGCAGUUAUUUCACAUGUGCAGAAAUUUCUAUGUUAUGUUUAUAUGCAGGUUGUAUCUGCUUGACAACAUAAUCCAUAUGGUGACAUAUGGAGACUGAAAAGGAAUUUUCAUCAAGAGUAGUUAAAUCCUAAAAUGUAUCCAAAGCUACUGUUUGUAUUAGGAGUAAAAGGAAAGGAAAAUUUGUCUGAAAUUUCAAAGAUAUGUAUAUAUGUUAAUAUAAACUUGAUACAGUUUGGAGAAAAUGAUUAAGUACAGCCAGUGAAGAUUUAGAAAAUGUUAUUAUCAGUUACAUACACGAUGGAAGUUAUUUGCAUAAGAAAUACCUUUACCGUAGAUGAAAGGGUUUGAUUUAUAUGUGUAUAAAUAGUGGAGUACGUUUUAUUUUUACAUUUAUGUGCUUUUUCAUAGUAUGUUAACAGAUUUAAAUGGGAUGUUUGUGUUAUUAACCGAAAUACAAUUUCUAUGAAAGGGUUGUAUGAUAGGAUAAGUUAUGUAAAUGUUCAUAGAAUGUUCACAUUUAAGGGGCCGGAAUGUUGCAUACGAUGUGGGGUAUUAUGACGUCAGAAGCGAAGUUUUGGUUAUUUUGGGUUUAGCCAUAGAGGGCAGUUGCGAAUUUGUUAGGGAAACUAAAACACGUUGUUGCAGUUAGUUAUCGGCACUGAAAGUGCACCAUUUUUUGGUAUUUUGACACAAGCCCAAUGUUGUGAGUAUUUAUUUACCUCUGUUUAUUGAAAUAUGAUGACUAUUGUUGUGUUUGAUGCUAUUGGUGAUAAAAAUGAAGAAAUGCAAAUAGUGUAAAAUUAAGUAAGAAAAUUGUUACUCACGUACGUAAAUUUACGUUGUGUGUGGGCAUGCAGUUGUGUAUAAAGUCAUUGGGUUAGAAUUAAUUUCGGUAAACGUAAAGAAGACAGAUAUGAAUAUGACAGAAAAGUUGUAUUAUUAUUAGUUUCAGUGGAUUAUGUUAGAAAUGUAUACAGUAUAAGCUGUCCAAUAUUCAGUUGGUUUUUGGAUUAGUAUGAAAGACAAAAUGUUCUAUAAAGAGUAGUUGACAGAAAGUAGGUCAGGUAUGCCAGGGGUCAUUAUAGAUUUGUAGUCUUUCGUGCAGCCUGUUAUUAAGAUUUAGGUUACCACUAAAUGAUAUGUUGGGCCUAUUAUGCUUUGGUAAUUAAUAGUGAGUCAAUAGGUUGUAUCAAAGGAGCUAUGAACUCAUCUUAGCAGAAAAAUGUAAAGAUAUUUCCUAACUCAUAUUAUGCCAUUUAUUUACAGUUAUUUACAAACCUGUUUAUUAUUUGACUGGAUAAGAUAAACAAAUGUUGGAUAGAUUAUUUGAUUGUCAUAUCAGCUAUGCUAAGUAGCAUAUUGGAUGCAUUAUUCUAGUAAUGCUUAUGAUUGUGUUUUUUAUCUUUUAUUAAAGGUUGAACCUUGCACCUGCCAGUUUGGAGUCUUGGUAUCACAAAAGG